ACAAACUACAUCAUUUGGAUUUGUUCCAUCUAUUUAUAAGUGCAAGGAAAAAAAGAUACCAAAAUUAGGAAAAUACUAUUGUUAAACUAAUUUAUAUGAUAACUUAAUGACAACGACAGUGUAAAAAUGUCUGAUGACGAGUCUAUGUCAUUGGGCCAACAAUAUAAAUUGAGAGAAACCACUACGAUGUGGUCACAAAGGAAACGUUCACAGCAAUCCAGCAACAACUACGACGAUAUGUUCGGUUUAGAGCAUAUGGAAAACUAUAGCGUAGAGACGACAGCUUUGCAUCGUAAGCUCCAAAGCAAAAUGGAAGCAUUGAGGAUACUACGCAAGGAACUGGAAAAAUUUCGCACCGAACGUGAUCAAUUCAAGUUAAUGGCCGAGACCCUUCAGCUGCGAUAUGCGGCCUUACGACGAAAUAGUAGUUUCUCAGAUUUGACCGGAUUCUCAAGUGACUUUAGCGCUGGUACACCAAAUAGUGGGGGCAAGACGAGUGUGGCCAAGAUUUUGCAUGAUUCUCGAGAGCGCAAUAUAAAACUAACCACAGAAGUGGAGUCUCUUAAACAAAAACUGUAUGAAGUUCAAGGUGACAUUGAAGUUUUACGGAAUCAAAAGACCCCCGUUGGCAAUGGGGAAAAGAAAAAAGAUCACAACUGUCAUAAUGGAAAAUCCACUAAAGAUGAGGUAGCAGCACUUGACAAUUGCUCAAAGGAAAUGGUAAUGCAAUGGAAACAGGAACGUUCAAAUUUUAUAUGCCAUCUGGAACAGUUAAAGAAAAAGAAUGCUCAAUUAGCUUUUGAUUUUAAGGCGGUCAUCGAUGAGAAGGAGGAAUUGAUCAACGAAAGGGAUGCCUACAAAUGUAAAGCACAUCGAUUAAACCAUGAGUUAUUGGUGUCUUUAAAAGCAAAGGAGAUGCAUCCAAAGUUCCUUGAUAUCGACAGUAUCAUUUUGGAGAAUAAGUACCUGAAUGAACGUUUGAAACACAUUGAGAGCGAAGUCGAACUAACUAAGCAGGCCGUAAGCAAAUAUAAGACAAUAUUGGAAUCAAGACGUAAGAAGGGUAUCAUGAAAUUAGGUGCACAAACGCCAAUAAAUAUCGAUGAUAAUAUAUUAUCCCAUAAACAAGUUAAAAAUUUACUGGAAAAUGGCAUCGAUUUACCUACAAAAACUGAAACCAUUCAUGACCUGAAGGCAUUAUGUUUGACUUUAUUGGAUAAUUUAAAUGAUAAAAAUCUGGCGCUGAAUCAUCAAAAGAAAACCAAUAAGAUUCUGGCCACAAAAAUGGCCGAGCUGGAACAACGUAUGAAGGCCUUGGCUGGCAUUGAGACAUCCAAUGAUGAUGAUGGCUUUUCACCAUCCGAAUUUCUAUUGAAGGGUUAUUGUCCCUCCAUGGUGGACAGUGCUGCCUCAAAUUCCGGCAAAGAACAAGAAGAUGACCAAGAGUCAAAGGGCGCCAAGGCUGGUGCUGUGUCUUCAGCUACCACAGCACGCAGCACAACAUCAUGCGGUGAGAGCCAUGUAACCGAAGACUCUGGUACCAUGUCUUCGGAAAAUGAAGAAUCCAUGAAAAUGCCUCGUGCCACCAAUUCCGAUGAUGGCAUGUCUUCACUGUCAACUGAGUCGGGUCGCAGUAUCUUAUCCUCGGAAUACGAAAUAACCAAUAAUGGUGUAUGUCCCAUAAAUCUAAAUGAUUUUGCGGAUGCUGCCUUGUAUGCAUAUAAAACUGCCUCAUCAACUUCGGGUUCAGCAGGAGACAAAACACAGCGUAAAGAAGGCCGUCGUCCAUUGCCUAUACCCAACUCUAUAGUACAGGAACGCCAUGACGAUCUGAAGGAUUUACCACCUGAGCUGGCGGCUUUGGUGCAGAAAGCUUUACACGAACUGGAUCUAAGAGAUUUCGAUGAAGUUGUUGGUGGUGUUUGUGAAGAUGUUGGAGUGGAGGCAAAAGAGGAAGAUUUGAAUUUGGAUGAUCAAGAUGUCAAUGAUAUCUUGGAGGAAGAACUCAACAGUGAAGAUGGAGCUAUUGGAGGAUGUACGAGUUUAAUUAAGGCAAAUUAAAACUGAAUAAAGUUGUUAUUAGUUUAUUAUAUUAUUUCAUUACACUCACUAACACAUACACACACACACACCCACAAACACUUAAAAUGCCUACCAAAUAAUCCAAACUUUAUAUUUCUAUAUACCUUUAUCAUAUCAGCUAUGAAUAUUAAACAAUUUCCAUUUAUGGAAGACAAACCUACCCACAUUCCCUUUAAUCUCUAUGUCCAUUACUUGAUACUACUAUAAAAUCCAAAAUAACUCUCUUAAAACAAACAACAUAUAUUUUCUAGUCACAGUUUUUUAAACAACCAGAUUAAAAACAGAGAAAAACUAAAAAAACAAACCAAAAAGUAUUUAACUGCCGCCCUAUCUGUCACUUUAAUAGAUUCAAGUUAAAUGUACCUAUAAAGAAUGCCAGAACUUACAUAGCCUGUUCACAGAUACACCACAUAAGGACGCCGCUCGAUUAUGAAUCGCCAUAUUUCACACUCAUUGUUAUUUAACAAUUUACCAUAAUUAUCAAAAGCAUUUGUUAAUUUUUCUAUUGGUAUAAUAGGAAAUGUAGGCUUUUGAAUUUAGCAUAUAACCAAUGAUUCUCAAUCGCAUUAACUGGUCUGUUUAUUUUUUUAUUUUUGUUUUGUUUUUGGUUUUUAUAAUAAAAUUACGACGAAUAUAUGCAAUUGAUGAAAAGAACAAGGAAAUGGCUUAAUAAUAAUAAUUUAUACAUAUUUCCGAGUAUAUUUAUUGUUAAUACACAAAUAAAAGACUAAAGUAAUAACAACAAACCGAAAUAAAGCUAUGAAAAACGUUAUGAAUUAAUCGAAUCGGAA